CAAUCAAGUGUGGAGGUGCAGAGAUGACAGCGGAAAAUGUAGUCUAUGAGACUGAAAACUCAUCCCUCGGUGUAGCUUCAUUUAAUGUUGCCAGUACAGAAAAAUGGGCAGUUAGUAAUGUAGGUUUGUUUAGCGAGAACGAAAAUCCAACCUAUGUGGGAACUACUCAAGCACAAGUGAUUGGCACCCGAGCUCCAGAGCUUUAUCAGACUUCAAGGCUAUCCCCUGGAUCACUUAGAUACUAUGGCCUUGGUCUUCAGAAUGGACUCUAUAAUGUAAGCCUGUUAUUUGCAGAAACAGCUAUUGAGGAUCCAAGCACACAAAGGUGGCAAAGUCUUGGAAGGCGUGUUUUUGAUAUCUAUAUCCAGGGAACUCUCCAACGGAAGGAUUUUGACAUAUCAAAGGAGGCAAAUGGUGUUAACAUAGCAGUUACAAGGGAUUUCAAUGCUAAUGUGACUGAGAACCAUCUUGAAAUUCACCUAUUUUGGGCUGGUAAAGGUACCUGCUGCAUACCUGAACAAGGUGAUUUUGGACCAUCAAUUUCUGCUCUUAGAGUUGUUCCAGAUUUCAUACCAACUGUCAGUGGUAAACCCCCCAAUACUCUACAAAAGAAGAACCAGACAGGGCUGAUCGUUGGUAUUGCAGUCCCUCUUGGAAUUGUGAGCUUGAUACUGAUAUUUAUAGCAUUUUACAUGAGAAGGAAAAAAGAUGAUGAUGAUGAGGAUGUGCUACAAGCAGUAGGUCCUAAAGGAAACACGUUCAGUUAUGCUGAGUUGAGAUCUGCAACAAAAGACUUCGAUGCUUCACAUAAGCUAGGAGAGGGAGGAUUUGGACCUGUUUACAAGGGUACACUUUCUGAUGGGAGAGUAAUAGCUGUGAAGCUACUUUCAGUUGGAUCUCACCAAGGGAAAAAUCAAUUUAUAAAUGAGAUUGCUAUCAUCUCUGCAGUGCAACAUCGAAAUCUUGUAAAAUUGUAUGGUUGUUGCAUCGAAGGAAUGAGGCGCCUACUUGUUUAUGAGUAUCUUGAAAACAAAAGCCUUGAUCAAGUAUUAUUUGGAAAUAGAGAGUUGCAUCUCGAUUGGCCGACUCGAUUUAGUGUAUGCAUGGGAACUGCAAGAGGACUAGCUUAUCUUCAUGAAGAAUCAAGACCAAAGAUUGUACAUCGAGAUGUCAAAGCAAGUAAUAUCUUACUUGAUGCAGAACUCUGUCCCAAGAUAUCAGAUUUCGGAUUGGCAAAACUGUAUGAUGACAAGAAAACUCACAUUAGCACUAGAGUUGCAGGCACCAUCGGCUAUCUGGCUCCCGAAUAUGCUAUGCGUGGACACCUAACAGAAAAGGCUGAUGUAUUCAGUUUUGGUGUUGUUGCUUUGGAGAUUAUCAGUGGAAGAGCAAACUCUGACAAUAGCUUGGAUACUGGAAGGAUUUAUCUUCUUGAAUGGGCAUGGAAUCUUCAUGAAAAUAACCAAAGCUUGGCGCUUGUAGAUCCCACAUUAACCGAGUUUAACAAAAGCGAAGCUCUUCGAAUAAUAGGAGUAGGUCUUUUGUGCACUCAAGCAUCACCUAUAUUGCGGCCACCCAUGUCAAGAGUUGUGGCAAUGCUUAUCGGAGACAUAGAAGUGGGAACUGUCACUUCAAAGCCAAGUUACCUGACUGACUGGGAUUUUAAGGACAUAACAAGUGACUUUCUGAAUAAUGAAGAUAAUGUUGCAUCUUCAUCUGGAAAAAGCUCCGGCAAGCAGGAAAGUGAAUCUAACAACCCAACUUUUCUUAGCCAUGGAGUUGAUCCAUUUCAUUCCCCAGUAGAUGUCACUCAGUUCAGUGACAAAAUUACAGAUGGGAGGUGAAAAGAAGUCAUAAUUUAUAUAUGUUGGCACAUUUUCAGCUGCAAAGUGCAAACCACAAUAAGACUUGUAAUAGUUGGGAAGUUUUCAAAGCUGUAUUUAUAUAAGUUGAAGCCUUUGAGUUAAAUAAUUGUACUUAACAAAUGCAAU